AGGAGCAUUAUGUGACAGCGUAUGUAAUAUAUUACACCUUCUAUUACAUUCUUCUUUUCACUUUCGUGUGGAAUAACAGCUAAAAGAAUUUCCUUCGCAUUGCACGUUCGGUUGUUGUCUCAUGAAAUUUGAAAAAGGGAAAACCUGCACUAUGGUUGAAAUUAAGGAAGAAUUGAAUCAAACGAAUUCCAUCGAGGAAUUUUACGCCGACACUGUGAUUCUACUGACCGGGGCUACCGGUUUCGUGGGGAAAGGUCUUUUGGAAAAAUUGAUGCGUGUUUGUCCACGCAUAGCUGCCAUUUUCAUACUUUUGCGUCCGAAAAGAAACCAGACGAUAGAAGAGCGAUUCAAAAAGCUUGUAGAUGAUCCCGUUUUCGAAUUCGUGAAAGCAAAGCAUGGUUCUUCAAUUCUUAAUAAAUGUCAGCCUGUAGAGGGUGACGUGAGUCUGUCAAACUUAGGUCUUUCUUCAGAAGAUAGAAUCAUGUUGAUAGAAAAAGUGAACAUAGUGUUUCACAUCGCGGCCACUGUAACUUUUAAACAACCGUUGGAUAAUGCUGUUAAUACAAAUACGAAAGGUACCAUUCGUGUCAUUGACCUGUGCAAGGAACUAAACCAGAUAAUCAGCUUCAUCUAUGUUAGCACAGCUUAUAGUAAUGCUAAUUUAUCAGACAUCGAAGAAAAAGUUUACACCACGAUUUGGGAACCUUCUGAGAUAAUCAACAUUUGCGAUAAACAAGAUAAAACCUCAAUCGCACUAUUAGAAGAAUCAAUUUUGAAAACUCAUGCAAACACGUAUACAUUCGCGAAGAAUCUAGCGGAGCAGAUUGUGUUCAGUGAUAGUAAAAGUUUUCCAACUGCAAUAGUACGACCCAGUAUAAUUGGUGCUUCUUUGGAACAGCCGUGUCCUGGUUGGGUAGAUAAUGUCUAUGGAAUUACAGCUGUAUGUCUGCAAGUCGGUAAAGGUAAUAUAAGGGUGUUACCAGCUAAGAUGGACGCCAGAUUAGAUUUAGUACCUGUAGAUUACGUCGUCGACACGAUACUGUGUGCCGCGUGGCAUGUUACCAUACAUCGAGAUGCAGAAGUUAAAGUGUAUAACUGUACGAGUAACGCAAGUCCUCUUAGCUGGAAAUAUCUGUCAAAUAUUUACAAGGAUGUUAGCGUAGAAACGCCGAUGAACGAUAUACUAUGGUAUCCGUAUUUCAAAGUAGUAGAAAGCAAAUUUCUUUACGAUAUUUUGAAUAUAUUCUUGAAUGUUUUCCCCGCAUUUGUUAUGGAUAUUGUUUUAAAAUUUCGGGGUAAGAAGCCAAUAAUGAUGAAAAUUAACAAGCGUUUCAAUCAGCUGUUGACAAUGACAACAUACUUCAGAAUGCGCGAAUGGACUUUUCAUAGAGAUAAUGUUUGUAAAAUGGUGGAGGACAUAAAGGUGUUGAAGGACAGCAAUAACUUGAAAUUGGAUUUACGAGAUAUGGAUUGGAAGAAGUAUAUUACAAAUUACCAGAUAGGAGCUUCAAAAUUCAUUCUGAAGGAAAAAUCUGAUCCUAUAAAUGCAGCGCGACGGUUAUCACUGUUUUAUUGGAUACAUAAUAUAACUCAAAUAUCCGGUGUAGUCGUUCUUUCAUCUAUAAUAAUAUUCUUUGUAUAUUGUAUAAUGUAUUGACUAUUUAAGCGAUAUAUUUUCUAUUUAAAUAUUUGCACAAAGUAAUUUAAUUUAAACAAAAUAUAUAACAUUUUACAAACAUGUUCAUCGACUUAAAUUGAUAGAACUUGUUUAGUUUCCUUCAAAUGUUCCAUUUUUACAUGCUACAAAUUAAUACGCAUAAUUAUUUAAAUCGAAUUCUACUUAGGUGUAUACGUUGGCUUAGUAUGACUGAGGAACGAGUCACACUCACUAGAGAAUAAUCUAUUGGAUUGAAAAUAAUGAUACUUCAUCAGUAAAGGAAUGUAAAUGUAAUAAGAAUUUGAAAUAUAAAAUAAGAAUAUAAAAAAAAUAUAACGAUUCACAACAGGAAUUGAUGGAAUUUGGGACGAAAAA